AUGACAAAGGCAGCUCCCGUGAACGACAAAGUUAGCUUCAAAUUUAAAAUUCCUGCGAAAUUAUUGAAAGAACAAAAAUCAAUAUACGCACCACCGUUCGCAACUGCAUCCGAUAUGUUCUGGCAAUUGAAAUUUCACCCGGAAAGUAAGGAUCAUAAAGAUUAUUGCGCACUUUGGUUAAUAGCUAUACCCAACAAACAAGAAAAAUAUUCGGCAGAAACAUGGCUAACGCGCGCCGAAUAUUCCGUCACAUAUUUCAUGAAAAAUCCUGACGAAAAGUUAGACUUUGGAGAAUUAAAGAAUUAUAAUGCUAAAUCACCUGUGUGGGGUUUUUCUAAAUUCUGCAAAAAGGACAGAUUACCCCAAGAAGGAGAGGUGACAAUUGGUGUAAAAUUUAAUAAAGUUCAAUAUGACUCCGAGCGAAUUACAACGCCUCUUCCAUCAUUACAAACCCCUUCAAAUCUAACUAAAGCAUGGAAGGCCGAACUAAAUAAACCCGAAAUAUCAGACGUACAAUUUGAUUUCACCAACUGUGAAGGAACAAAAUGUCAAACAUUAUACGCGAGUAGUUCGAUUCUGUCUGAACGUUCAAUUUACUUUAAUUCAAUGUUUCACCAAGGAAGAUGGUCAGAAUCAGUAAAGGAUAUGAAGACUGAACAGCAAAUCAGAUUUAUUGAAAAGUUUAAAAAUCUGGAAUUUUACAGGAAGUUUAGAAACAAAACCCAGGAGCCCAUGGAUUUUAAUAGGUUAAAACGGUUAGAAGAAAACACCAGCGCGAAUUCAUCAAACACAGAAGAAUCAAUCAACUCUUUGAAUUCAGAAAAAUUACCAUUGGCAAAUACUGAAAAAAACAUAACGAGCAAGGCUAUACUAUCACAAAGCGACAAUCGACUCGAAGUGUCAUCAGUAAAAAAGCCCGAUGUGUCCAAAAAAUAUAAGGUUACUGUUUCCGAUUUUCAUCCCGAAACAUUUAAAUCGAUGCUACGAUUCUUAUAUACCGAUAGUAUAGAUUUCCAUUCGUCUUCGUUAUAUCGUAGACCAAUAGAUAUUUUUAUGAUAGCUGAUAAGUACUUGAUAACUGAUUUAAGAGAUAGAGCAAAAACCAGGAUAUUCAAAGAUUUGACACCAAAAAAUGCGAUUGAGAUGUUAUUCGGCAUUGACAUAUGGUUGUGGGACGACCUGAAAGAACUCAUUAUUUCCUAUGUGGUUAAAAAAUUUGAUGAGGUCAAAGAGAAUAAGAAUUUCAAGGAUAUUUGUGCUAAAUUAAGAGUUCAGAGCGGGAAUGAUAUUAAUUCGGAAAAGGCGGAUAUUGAUGAUGAAGAUCACUUGAAAAGAGAAUUGUUAAGAGAAAUAUUUGAAAGAGCCGAAGUUCCGGAUUUCCGAAUUUGA